CUAAGACCCGCGCUCUUACCCGUACCCCAGCUAUACCCGUGCCUUCCAUAAACGCGAUACUUCCCGUGUGCAUGCUACAACCGGCACCACCACCAAGCACUCACCUGCUAACACACCACCACCAGCAUCCUCGCGUUCGGCAGCACUCGCUGCACCCCCCAUGCCAAUUCUUCUGGCACCCGUUCUAAUGCCACUAAGCACGUCAAUGGACGCCCUCAGCCAGCAACCACCACCACCAUUCACACGUUCCUCGACGCCGGCACCACCACCACCAUCGCUAGCAGCUCCCUUCCCACAGCAACAACCACCUCCAUCCAGGACGCCACCAGCAGCUCCCACCUCAUGCUACCAACCACCAGCAUCGAGCGUCUGCGCCCAGAGCAUGCCAGCGAAUGCUGGCGUGGCUCAAACACAUACGGAGGAUACGAGGACGAGGAAAGAAGGGAAAGAGAAGGAAGUGAGAAGGAAAAGAGGAGGAAUGAGAGGAGGAAGGAAGGAUCUUGUCAGUAAGUUGCCGUCCUGACUCUGCCCCCAUUUUCUGCAAUGAGGAUGCAACGCCCGACACGUCACACUCUCGCGCCACCACACCACCAUCUCCCAUUUCGACACGCUCACCUUCGACUUCAAUCGUACGCGACACACCACCUGCCACGACAUCAGCGUCUAUUUCGACGCGUCCGUCAUUCGCGCUGUGCC